AUGGCAUCUUCAGGACACGAGCGGCGCAAGCUCAGCCAUAGCCAGUUCGGCGACAAUACCUUUAUGAACCAGGGCGACCUCCACGUCCACGUGCCCCGCCCGCCGGGCCGUGCCGAGGCUGUUCGCGUCAUUCCUUAUCCCCGCAACGAAGACCUAGUCUAUCGUCAGGAUCUCAUCGAUAAACUUGACAGGCUCCUACCGCUCACGCCGGGGUUCUAUAGCGCUGCGCUUUGGGGCCUAGGAGGCUCAGGCAAAACGCAGAUCGCGCUCGAUUACGCAUAUCGACGGUGCAAUGAUAGCGAGUGCUGUAUCUUCUGGGUGCAUGCAGACAGCGAAGCGACUUUUACAACUGACUAUAAGACGAUCGGUAAAAAGCUCGGGGUCGACAAGAGGCUUGAUGGGUCAGAUCUGCUUGAUUCGGUGCGCAACAGUAUUGAGGCACAGUCGCGAUGGGUAUUCAUUAUCGAUAAUGCCGAUAAUUUAGCUUUAUUUAGAGUGGGACGCACAAAAGGGACGAACGAGAGUCUAUCUAUGUAUAUCCCUCGAGGACCACAAGGGACAAUAUUGUGGACAAGCCGUGAUGCGCAUAUUACAGGUACGCUCGUCGGCUUGCGUCGAGGUAUCGAAGUUCCAUCCAUGACAAGGGAUGAGGCGACAACUCUUCUUGCAACAGCCAGGGGCAAGAAGUCAGCUGUAGAGGAAAUAGGAAAAAAUCGUCUUUUAGAAGAGCUACAGCGGCUUCCAUUAGCGGUCUCGCAAGCUGGGGCGUAUAUACGGCGGACAUCGAUGACCAUCAAGGAAUACCUAGAUCUCCUCAUGCAAGGCACGAGCCGAUGGGAUCUGCUCAAGAUAAACGAUUUUGACCGACAUCGACGGCCAGAGGUGUCGAAUAUUGUGCUUCACAUGUGGAAGAUCUCGACAGAGCGAAUUCGAGAGGAAAGCGAGCUAUCAUACCAGAUUCUCCACGUGAUUGCAUACCUAGACAGUCAAGAUAUACCACAUGAGUUGAUGGUGGCGGCCAGCCAGUGCAGUAUUGGCGAUGAGGAUAUAGCUAGACAGGCUACAGAGCUUGAGGUGCAGCAGGCCAUUACACGACUAGUUGAGUAUUCUUUUCUCAAUACGCGUCGGGAGGAAGAAGGUCGGCGGAGCUAUGAGAUGCAUAAGCUUGUGCAGGAGGCUGUUCGAUACGGGCUACCGGAGAAUGGAGAGGCAUACUACUCAAGUAUAUGUCUGCAGAUGGUGGAUGAUAUGUUUCCGGAAUCAGAGAAAGAUACAUGGGCACGAUGCGAGCAGUAUAUGGUUCAUGCUAUACGGGUAGGAGAUUGGGCAGAGACGAGCGGCAAGGAAGCUGAAACAUCAAUAUUACUCAGUAAGGUAUCGGAUUUUCUGUAUGAUCGAGGACGGUGGACAGAGAGGGAGCCAGUUAACCGGAGGGCAUGGAAUCUCCGACGGCAGGUGCUCGGGGAGAAUCAUCCCGAUACGAUUAGGAGCAUGGCGUCCCUCGCGACAACAUACUAUUCACAAGGCCGAUAUAAUGAGGCCGAAGGGAUCUAUAAGCAGACAUUAGAUCUCCGACGGCAGGUACUCGGGGAGAAUCAUCCUAAUACAAUCAGGAGUAUGGCGGACCUCGCGACAACAUACUAUUCACAAGGCCGAUAUAAUGAGGCCGAAGGGAUCUAUAAGCAGACAUUAGAUCUUCGACGGCAGGUGCUCGGGGAGAAGCAUCCUGAUACAAUUAGGAAUAGGAAUCCUUAA